ACAACCCCACCACCCUUUUCAACAAAAUUUUCAGUUUCGGUUGGUACCCAUGUUUCUGUCUUCUCCUUAUAUUUUUCUUUUAACCUUAUUACUUCCUUUUCCAUUAUUGUCUUACUACACCUCUCUCUCUCUCUCUCUCUCUCUCUCUCUCUUUACUCGGAUUCUUGUUGGCAAUUUCUGUCUUCCCUUAACUUCCAUGCAACUUCCAUUUCAUAACCUUACACGUCUUUUCUUUUCUUCAAUUUCUUAAUUGAAAAUUUCUACUCCUAUUGGCAUAUUCACCAAAGUUUUUAUUUACCAUGGCUGUAAAGUAACAUGGGUUCUGUCCUGUAAUUUCUUUAGUUUCUUAUUUUUCAGGAGGGCCCAUCUUCGGCUAGGUUUUGUCCUUGCCUGAAUUGAAGCAAUUUUACUUCAGGGUUUUUUUGAUUAAAGUCAGCCAUAUAUAUAUAUAUAUAUAUAUAUAGCAAUGGAUAAAGAAGAGAACUACUCGGUACUUUUAGCUCAUAGCUUAUCAUCUUUACUGUCUGUUUUGUUUUUGCUGAUAGAUCAUUUUACCACCAUGUUAUAUUGGUCUGAGCUUGACUUCUUGCAGGCAACUUUUACUAGUCUAGACUACUCUCUAGACCACCACCACCACCACCACCACCAUCAACCCCAACAACACGAACUCAUUAAGCCGCGAAUUGGUGAAACUUCCGGUGAUAGCAACAGUGGAAUGAUUGAUUAUAUGCUGAAUAAUCCUCAUCAACAACUAAUAUCAUCAUCUGGGUUUUGUACUUCUAAUUCGCUUGAUAAGUUGAGCUUUGCAGAUGUCAUGCAAUUUGCAGAUUUUGGGCCUAAGUUAGCCUUGAACCAAACCAAGAUAUCUGAGGAAGAAACUGGUAUUGAUCCAGUUUACUUCUUGAAGUUUCCUGUACUGAAUGAUAAGAGAGAGGGACAGUCUCUAAUGAUUCCUCAACUGGGCGAAGAGAAUGAAGAAGAGAGGUUUAAAGGAAUGGGUAGUGUAGAGAGAUUUACUGGUAGAGAGGAAGAAGAAACUAGGGUUUCUGAUAAUGCGUCGGUGCAACUCCAGUUUCUUGAAAAUCAGGACGCUCAGAACAAGAAUCCUAUACCAGAAGUGAAGAACAAGAGAAAAAGACCAAGAACGACCAAGACAAGUGAGGAAGUGGAGAGCCAAAGAAUGACUCAUAUUGCAGUAGAAAGAAACCGGAGGAAACAAAUGAACGAACAUCUUCGAGUUUUGAGAUCUCUCAUGCCAGGGUCUUAUGUACAAAGGGGAGAUCAAGCUUCUAUUAUUGGUGGAGCUAUUGAAUUCGUGAGGGAACUGGAGCAGCUUCUUCAAUGCCUAGAAUCUCAAAAGAGACGAAGACUAUAUGGAGACGCUGCUUCAAGACAGAUGGCUGGAGAGUCAUCAGUUGCAGUCCAGCAACCUCAAUCGCCAUUCUUUCCUCUGCCAAAUGAUCAAAUGAAACUGGUGCAGUUCGAAACUGGACUGCGGGAAGAAACCGCUGAGAACAAGUCUUGCUUAGCUGAUGUUGAAGUGAAGCUUUUAGGGUUUGAUGCCAUGAUCAAGAUUCUCUCGAGGAGAAGGCCAGGCCAACUCAUUAAGACCAUUGCAGCUUUAGAAGAUUUGCAGCUUAAUAUCCUUCACACCAACAUUACUACCAUUGAACAAACUGUUCUCUACUCAUUCAAUGUCAAGAUAGCAAAUGAAUCUAGGUGCACAGCAGAAGAUAUAGCAAGCUCCGUUCAACAAAUAUUCAGUUUCAUUCAUGCAAACAGCAGCAUGUGAUAGAAAUCUGAAAUGGACAAAAAGAUGAGCUGUUGUGCAAAUUUAUUUCUUUCUUAUUUUUUUCUUCGGUUUUCCAUGGAUCCCUCUAUUCAGUACUUUUUCUCUAUUGGAUUCCUUAUUAUUGUUGCAGAAACGAAUACUAAAAUGUUGUUUGUUACUGUAGUAGUAUAACCACGUAAAGGUAAAUUCCCAAGAACCCAUUUCCACGUUUCUCACUCACUCUGCUUCUGUUAACUGUACAUCUUCCCUUUCCUUGUAAUUAACGAAUUGUCAUUGCAUGUGGGUAAUGGGGCGAUAUACAUAAUGAUGAUCAUUACAACUUCAUCUCUGACUCAUUACACUUUGUAACAAACAUCAAUUGAUUAUAUAUAAUAGAGCGACUACGCACAACUGAACUUGUUUUUC